AUGCGAUUAAUAUCUCUCUUUACCUGGUUCUUCGUCGCGCUCCUCGCGCAAUUCGGAGGUGCCACCAAGCUCAUUGAAUCCAAUGCCCUCAGUCUCUGCCAGGACAGCAACAAUUUCACGGCAACCUACUUCAGUGUCACCUUUACUCCCAACAACCAUUCGCUCGCUUUUGCUUUCGAUGGUGUCGCUGCGAUUUCCGGCAAGGUUAAGGCAGAAAUCGUCCUUACGGCCUAUGGUUACACGGCCUUGAGAAAGGAGUUGGACCCUUGUGAGAUGGGUCUCGCCGGUCUCUGUCCCAUGCAGACCGGCCCCAUUGAUGUGCCCAGGGCCAAUCUCGAUCUUCCAGAGAAUGUCGUCUCUCAAAUCCCCAGCAUCGCAUAUACCGUUCCCGACCUCGACGCUAAUGUCCGUAUCUACAUCAACUCCACCGAAACGGGCGAGAGUAUUUCUUGCCUCGAGGCACGUCUGUCUAAUGGACAAACGGUUUACCAAAAAGGUGUUGGUUGGACGACUGCCGUCAUCUCUGGAUUGGGUCUAACGGCGUCUGCCAUUACAUCCGGUCUCGGACACUCCAACACCGCCGCUCACGUGGCGGCCAAUGCCUUGUCUCUGUUCGGCUUCAUGCAGUCUCAGGCUCUGUUUGGCAUGGUGGCCGUCCAUAUGCCCCCGAUUGUCGAAUCGUGGACGCAGAACUUCCAGUGGAGUAUGGGUAUCAUCCGUAUAGGCUUCUUGCAAACCAUUUGUACCUGGUAUCAGCGUUCGACAGGAGGUACCCCAUCGACCGUUCUUUCGGAAUUGUCGACCACAUCCGUUCAGGUGCUCAAGCGUUCCGUUGACCCAUCUCUUGCGCUCAUGAAGCGUGCUGCUGAGCCGUUGCUCAAGAGAGAGGCUGAGUCGCAGAAGGCCACUCAGAAGACUACCGUUGUCCGUGGUAUCAAGCGUGUUGGAUUCGAAGCCGGUAUUGAAGAGACCAACAUCUUCCUGACCGGUCUGAUCUUCUUCGUCUUCUUCGUGGCGGUCGUCAUGUUUAUCGUGGCCAUCUUCAAGGGUGUUUGCGAGCUCCUCGCCAAGAACGGCAAGAUGAAGAGUGACAAGUUCUCGGACUUCCGUAAUGGGUGGAAAGUUGUGGCUCGAGGCAUCCUGUUCCGUUUGACCUUGAUCGGUUUCCCGCAAAUGGUUGUGCUGUGUCUUUGGGAAUUGACCCACCGUGAUUCGGUCGCCGAGAUCAUUCUGGCCAUCAUCAUGAUCGUGUCGAUGGUUGCUGCAUUGGGUUGGGCGGCUGUCAAGGUUAUCCGCCUCGCCAAGCGCUCCAUCACCAUGCACCGGAACCCGGCCUACAUCCUCUACUCGGACCCCACCUGUUUGAACAAGUGGGGCUUCUUGUACGUGCAGUACCGCGCGACGGCCUACUACUUUGUCAUCCCUGUCCUCAUCUAUAUCCUCGUCAAGGGCAUGUUCAUCGGUCUGAGCCAGCCGGCCCCCAUCGUCCAGACGGUGGCCUUUGUCAUCAUCGAAGCGGCCAUGCUCAUCGCCGUCAGUGUGCUGCGCCCCUGGAUGGACAAGAAGACCAACAUCUACAACAUCACGAUCCAGGCCAUCAACUUCCUUAACGCCAUCUUCCUGCUCUUCUUCGCUCAGGUCUUCAACCAGCCUGGUCUUGUCACGGGUGUGAUGGGUGUUGUCUUCUUCGUCUACAAUGCCGUGUUCGCUUUGGUUCUGUUGAUUCUGGUCCUGAUUGCCUCCAUCUACGCCAUCGUGUCCAAGAACCCGGACACCCGCUACCAGCCGAUGCGCGAUGACCGUGGCUCGUUCAUCAAAUCGCAGACCCAGCUCACCACCGAAUUGGAUGCCCUGGGUGCCACCGCUCGUGGGGAUGCCAAGGGCUCUGCUUACAAUUCCAGCCCCUUUGAGGACGAUGACUCCUUCUCCAGCGGCAAUGGGGCUAGCGUCAGCCGUCAAAACCUGGAAGCACCGCACUCGGCCACGUCGCCCCACAGUGCCACCGGCGGUGUUCCUGUCUCCCCUGUGGACCCAUCAGUGCCUCUGUUCCCAAGUGACAACCGCGGGCCGCCUCCCAGCUACAAUGGCAUGCGGUCGCCUUCGCCGGUCCCAAGAGGGUAUAACGCAUCGCCCUUCCAGCGGAAUCAAAACAAUGCAAGUCCAUGGCAAAGAGGAGCCGGUUACGAUCAUUAA